CACAUCCCACUGGGAGAGCUGUUUUGUUCAUUACUUGUAUCUUAUCAAUGAUGCUUCAAGUGCCUCUCAUGACGUUUAAGACGUGUAAUUUCGUAUUUUUUACAUAAAGUGGUGAAACGUUGGCCAGAGGCUUUGUGCAUCGUGAUAGGAGUAUUGUAUUUUAUCAAUCAUCUUUUUAGAGCAAAAUCUAUACAAAAUGUCUCUGUAUCCAACUCUCGAAGACUUGAAGGUGGAUCAUAUGAUGAAGGCUCAACUACAAAUGGAGUCACAACAAAAUGUUCUACCUAUAUCGCAAGAACAAACAGAACCAUCUGCACCUGCGCACAAUACCCUUUCUAAUAUGUUAUAUCCUUCAUUAGGAGAAUAUAUGGGUUUGGAACUUACUGAAGAAAUGAUAGCACAAAAUAUGCCUGAAUAUUCUCGUGUUAAACGAAAUAUGAUGGUACGUACACCUUUAACCUCAGGUCCUUUAGCAGGUAUGGUUGCACCACUAUCUGGUCAGUCUUUAGGAUUACAGAGAGCACAAGUUACAAAUGGUAUAAGAGAAUUGAUAUUAUGCAAGGAUGAGGAUGGUAAAAUUGGUAUGAGAGUUAAUAAUGUAGAUAAUGGCAUUUUCGUAUGCCUAGUAAGUCAAAAUUCGCCUGCUGCACUUGCUGGAUUACGAUUUGGAGAUCAAGUUUUGAGUAUCAAUGAUGUCUCUGUUGCUGGAUAUACAAUGGAACAAGUUCACAAAAUGUUCAGAAACGCUGGAAUUAAUGGCAUUAAAGUAGUAGUAAGGGACAGACCAUUUGAACGCACAGUAACAAUGCACAAAGAUAGGAUAAAAUAUAUCGGAUUUCAGUUCAGAAACGGAAAGAUAGUCUCUUUAAUUAAAGAUUCUUCUGCUGCCAAAAAUGGACUUUUAACAAAUCAUCAAAUAUUAGAAGUUAACGGAAAGAAUGUUAUAGGGUUAAAAGACAAAGAAAUCACGGAAGAGAUUGGGAAAGGCGGGAAUAUAAUCACGUUGACGAUUAUUCCAUCGUAUAUUUUUGACCACAUGAUUAAAAAAAUGAACAGCAGCUUGUUAAAAACACAUAUGGACCAUUCUACGCCAGAUUUUUAAA